UUCGUACAUCUGCAGUGAGUGCUCAUUUACGAGUAACUUAAUACUCCCUCCGUUUGGAAAAAGUGUUCCUAUUUUGACUUUGUGUAAAAAUAAGGAAGUAUUAAAUUGUAGUUGACUUCCAAUUUUGCCCUUGAUGUGAUAGGUAAAAGUAAGAUGUGAUGGAUAGAUUAUUAGAUAUAAAGUAUGAUGUGAUAGGUAAGGUAUGAAAAAGUAAGGGUAAAAGUGGUUUUUUAAUAGAAAGUGGAAGUGUUUUGUUGGAAGUAAAAAAAAUUAAAGAGGAAGUANACGAGUAACUUAAUACUCCCUCCGUUUGGAAAAAGUGUUCCUAUUUUGACUUUGUGUAAAAAUAAGGAAGUAUUAAAUUGUAGUUGACUUCCAAUUUUGCCCUUGAUGUGAUAGGUAAAAGUAAGAUGUGAUGGAUAGAUUAUUAGAUAUAAAGUAUGAUGUGAUAGGUAAGGUAUGAAAAAUGUAAUUAAUUAAUUAAUUAAUUUCAUACAUAUGGAAAGCACAGAUUCCUCGAGCGGGUCGCAACAGCCGCAGUUGCCGCCCGGGUUCCGCUUCCACCCAACUGACGAGGAACUCGUGGUUCACUACCUCAAGAAGAAGGCGGCUUCCGUCCCCCUCCCCGUCGUCAUCAUCGCCGAGGUUGAUCUUUACAAGUUCGAUCCAUGGGAGUUGCCCGCCAAGGCGACGUUUGGGGAGCAAGAGUGGUACUUCUUCAGUCCGAGGGACCGGAAGUACCCAAACGGUGCAAGGCCGAACCGGGCUGCGACGUCGGGCUACUGGAAGGCCACCGGAACAGACAAGCCGGUACUGACGGCCGGCGGGACACAGAAGGUGGGUGUGAAGAAGGCGCUGGUGUUUUACGGUGGGAAGCCGCCCAAAGGGGUGAAAACCAAUUGGAUAAUGCACGAGUACAGACUCGCUGACAACAAACCAAACAACAAGCCUCCCGGUUGUGACAUUAACAACAAGAAAGGCUCUCUCAGGCUGGACGAUUGGGUUUUGUGUCGGAUAUACAAGAAAAACAAUACGCAGAGGCCAAUUGAUCAUCAGGAGAGAGAUGAUUUAACCGACAUGUUUGGACCAAUAAUUCCACCAUCGAUGCAAACAACAGUACUCCAAUUUGCCGCCCACCCAAACAAGUUCCAUCACCAAGCGCUACUGAAGGCCUCCAGCUACGGCGCCUUGCUAGAAAACGACCAGAGUAUGUACGACGGGAUGAUCGGAAGCAACGGGUCGCCGAUGGUGGCGGCUGCCGGCGGCGGCGGCGUGAAUCUGCUCCCCACGAAACGUUCCCAGCAACACCUCUCCGCCAUGUACUGGAACGAAGAAGACACCUCUGUUUGUGACGGCGGGUCGUCGUCCCCACUCAUGACUAAGAAGUUCCUUGCCGAUGGCAGCCACCACCACCACGUGGCCGGCGGCGGCCGGAGUGACGACGACCAGAAUGGGGGCUCCAUCGCCACACUUCUCAGCCAACUCCCACAAACCCCUUCUUCAAUGCACCAGCAAAACGUCGUGUUGGGCAGCCUCGCCGGCGGUGGAGAUCAGGGUGUCUUCCGGCCCCAACCUUACCAUGUCUCCGGCAUGAAUUGGUACUAAAAACGGGACUGGACCGGACCGGACCCAGAAAUUUUAUUCAAGAAAUCAACCGCUCGGAUUGAUCUUCGAUGUGAGACUGUAAGUACGUACGUGCAUAAAUCAACGAUCGAUCGGUGGAGAAGAAAACUUGGGAAAUUCU